AUGAAUGCACCAGUUUGAAACAUGAAUGUCAUGAUGAUGCUACUUGUACAGACACAAGUGGUUCAUACACGUGUAAAUGUAAUUCUGGUUAUGAUGGAAGUGGUACGACCUGCAAUAAUGUUAAUGAAUGCACCGGUUUGAAACAUGAGUGUCAUGAUGAUGCUACUUGUACAGACACAAGUGGUUCAUACACGUGUAAAUGUAAUUCUGGUUAUGAUGGAAGUGGUACGACCUGCAAUAAUGUUAAUGAAUGCACCGGUUUGAAACAUGAGUGUCAUGAUGAUGCUACUUGUACAGACACAAGUGGUUCAUACACGUGUAAAUGUAAUUCUGGUUAUGAGGGAAGUGGUACGACCUGCAAUAACACCGAUGAAUGCAUGGCCGGCAGCUAUCCGUGUGAUGGCAAUGCUACAUGUGUGGACACUGUAGGUGCGCACACAUGCACCUGUAACACUGGCUACACAGGCAAUGGAACACAGUGCUUCGACGCUGACGAAUGUAGCACCGGAGAAUCAAAGUGCGAUGACAGUGCAACAUGCACAAACUCUGCUGGCUCAUUCACUUGUGAAUGUAACGAUGGAUUUCAGGGAAACGGCACACUCUGCACCAGAAAAGGCGCAGGCUCCAACACUUUCACCAUGGUGAUAGCUGUUUCUGCCAGCCUCCUGUGUAUUGGCUGUGCAAUCGUAGGCAUUCUUGUUGUCAUUCGCCGACACCAGAGUUUAGGGAGUUUCGUCAUCAAAACCGGCGAUCUAGCUAUGACUGAAAGGAAAGAUCGGCCAUCGCAGAGCGCGACAAAAUUGCUAAACAAAGGUCCUGCUGGAACACCCUUUGAGGGAAGUACUGACAAGUACUACAAUGCAUACAAGGAACGGCACAAUCCUGAGGCGAGUACGCUUGUGAAACAAGCAUCAAUGGCAAUUUCAGUUGUUGACGUGGACUAUUACGAUGAUGUUCCAGAGAGCAUUGCAAUUAUGUUGCGCUCACCGGCUGCAAAGUCAGAUCGCCGACACAUCUUGUCAGAUGAUCAGGUUUCCCGGGGGACAGCGGCAUUGUCCAAUGUCAACGACGGGGAGGUCUACGAAGAGAGUUUAGUAAUACAGGAUUGCUUGCACGACAAUAUGGCGUCCAGUUUGGUCACCUCCAAACAGUGUGACCAAGAGUCUAAUCAGGAAGCUCAACUCCUUGGCUUCACAUUGGAUAGUGAAACUGUCUCUGUUGACCUCACCUGUGUUGAAGUAUAUUCAAACAUCGCAUCUCUAAGGACAUCAAAUUGUCGCUCACAACCAGGAACAAAUGACCACAUUGCUGACAAGCAUGCUUCUGGCUUAGGGCAAGGUAAAGAAACCUCUCUGAGUUUACUGCAAGGGAGAGGAAUUGAGCAAUGUGGUAACCAAGCGCCUGCUGGAUCUACAGCAACUACUCACGAAGCUAGAGUGAAUGACGGAUUCAGCAUUGCCAGUUGCACCACUGCCAGCAGCAUGAGCCAUUCCACCGCAGGAAGUGACCGCCAUGCUCCUUUGGACACUGCAGAGGAUGUUUAUGACGUUGUCGAAAGUGGUAGUAACACCUUAUUGGCCACUUCCACUGGCACCGGCCAGUCCAACGCAUCCAACGCCAGUCGCGAUUUAACAGAAAUUGACAAGCUCAAAUAUGACAAGGGAUUAGAUGGCCGCAAUAGCUAUGCGAAAACAAACAAGAUCAAGAGCGGCUUUAUUGCACGACAGAUCGGCACUGCUGCUGGACACAAGGUAGCCAACAAAACAGUAACUGCAACACAAUCUGAUGACGAGCGUUACGAGAUAUCCAGUGCUAUAAAGGAGGAGGUCUAUGAUGAUCUACCUGGUGAAAAUAUUCAACCAACAAAACCAAUUGCAAAUAACCCUCACCACACUGCCAACGAUAGUGAGGAUAUCUAUUCAGAUCUCCCUGAACAACCAUUCCAGACAACAAACUCAAUGUCAAACAUGCCUGGCCCUCAGCACAUUAUCAAUGACAGCGAAGCUAUCUAUUCUGAUCUUCCCGAAGAACUUUUCCAAUCAGCAAACCCCAUUGAGGAUAAAGACAUAUAUUCCGAUCUUCCGGAUAUUAAAACUGGCCCCCAUCACAGCACCGAUGAGAUAGAAGAUCUUUAUGGCGCCAUUGAGUAGCCACAGAGCAGGCUGAGUCGUCGCCUGAGCCUGUGUUGAAUAAUAGCGCAGCCUCUAGGCAAUUACCGGUGCGUUUUUUUUCUAGCAAGCUUCUCUCUGUAUCUCAACUUCUCGACUGAUAUUUAUUCCACUUGAUGUGUAAGUUGUUCACCUUGAAGUCUCUCUUCUGCACUUGCAAUCUCUCUGCAUUGUCUAGCUCUCAUUAGGGAUGAGGCUUUCAGUGUAAAUACUAUUUGUAUUAUUAAAAUUUAGGAGCGUUGGAACCAGUCCGGUAGGUGCGGAAAUUUAAAUCUGAAAACCAAUCGUACGCCCUUUGCACGCCUAAAAACAUUAUGGGUCAGCCUAUGCCUGCAGAGGACAAUGUAAUACUUUGCCGAAUCUCAGCGCAACCGUCAUCUUCAACUCCAUCUACACGUCUCGGCUGGUAUUUUAUUCCACUGGCUGUAUCAAUUGUUCACCUUGAAGUCUCUCUCGUACACUUACAAUCUCUCUGAAUUAUCUAGCUAGUUCACAUUAGGGAUGAUGCUUUCAGCAUCAAUAUUUUUUGUAUUAUUUAGGAGCUUUGGAUCCAGUCCGGCAGGUGAGGAAAUCUGCAGCAGUAAUUUCGGAAUUGUAAUGCUCUGCUCAAUCUCAGCGCAACUGUCACUUUCCAUUCCUCUCCUUUGCUCUAUACUAAGUCUUCUUGUCAUUCGUUUAGGUUGAGGUAUUUGGAAGUUCUUAUUAUUUAUGUCACUAUGAGGGGUUCCAUCUCUAGGUAGGAUUCCGAGUGGAGCAACACGGAGCACUAGAAUACUGUCUUAGACAUUCUCAGUAUGUUUUUCAAAGCAUUCAAAGUGUAGCCACCCUCUCUGAGUUUGCCGCUGGUUUGCUUGAUUUCCGCUCCAAUUGUUCACUGCUGCGAAAAUAGUUCUCGCAUCUCAUCCAUAUUAAUUUUGCUUGCUUCCUUCUUUCUUUCCGGUAGUUAGUUCACCACUCUCAUUCAGUUCUACUUGUACAUGACUGUACAUUCUUUUCAUCUGAAUGGACAACUUUGACAAAAUUAAUGUUAAAAUUAAUAAAAGAA